GUGCACUUUCAAUCUGAAAUUUCAUACGAUUUAAUAGUGAAGUAUUUCUUUUUUAUUGUUUCGAAAACACUGAUGAUAUAAAUCCGUUCACAUGGACGGGACCUGGAAGGCAGUGACGUGGAUGCCGACCCGCCGACUAGGGAGGGUUGGACUUCGUGCCCAGAUCUCCACCAACUAAUUACCUACUUACCUCACCUCGAACUCGAACAUCGAAUCCCUACAUCAUUUGUCUCCCAGACUCCGGCAUCAACACCACUCUUCAUCCUUGUUGCGACCUAUAUCCUCAGCCUGCCAACUGUCGGUCUAGACAGACACAAACAAGUCUACCUUCUAGGCCUUGUCGUCACCCUCGUCUAACCUUCUAGGCGUUUAUAAUACUAUUGACAGCGUGUGCACGCAUUUAACAACCAUGUCGGUCGAACUCGAUCCGCCUGAGCUCGGCUUCAAACGCCCUUUCCAGCAUGAAGUCGCCAAUGUGCUUCGAUUGAAGAAUCCGCACUCCGACCCAGUGGCCUUCAAGGUCAAAACUACCGCCCCUAAACAAUACUGUGUCCGUCCAAAUUCUGGUCGCAUCGAGCCUCAUGGCGAAGUCGAAGUACAAGUUCUCUUGCAGUCUAUGAAGGAAGAUCCUCCACCAGAUGCGAAAUGCCGCGACAAAUUUCUCGUACAGUCCGUUGCAGUCUCUGCCGACAGAGAAUUCAGUAACGUUGCUUCUAUCUGGUCGCACAUCGAAGAAACUGCCAAGUCGUCUAUUCAAGAACGCAAGAUUCGUGUCGUUUUCUUGCCCGCCGACGGUUCGGAAGCCGCAACCCCACUGAAGUCGAACGGUAUUACAGCAGAUCACGCACCGAGCUCGCCCUCGCCAGAUGCAGUCACCCCUCAGCGUAUCUCCGAUUCCACACCGUCGGUCACCACCGCCAGAGAGACUGUGGAGCAUGUAGCUGGGACAGCUCGUGCUGCAGUCACCUCUGGAGCUUCCACAGUGGUAGCCGCAGUUCCUACAAACACUGAAGAACUCAAGCAGCAACUGGCGACUGCCCAAGCUACAAUUGUAAAACUAAAGGACGAAGCUACUCAGGGCCUGAGGCAGCGGAAGAUCGGCACUGAUUCUCAGCGCAGUGGUCCUGGAACAGUAACAGCUACACUUCAACGUGCUCCUGCGAAUGGCGUUCCAGUACCUUACGUGGCUGGACUUUGCCUCAUCAGCUUCAUUCUCGCCUAUUUUUUCUUUUGAGGUAGUUUGAGUUGAGACUCAUAUAUCGUAAAAGGAUCCCAUGAUUCGAGAUCACUCUGCACGUCAUCCGUGAUAGACACUACGACCCCUAAGGCACGAGGCGUAAUGAUAUGUUGGAAUUCCAAGGAUACACAAAUGAGCCUGGCAUCGACGUCCUUAGUUUACACGAUAUACCAGGAUUGGCGAUGAUUAGCUUAUUUUGCAUCGCAAGAGGAGGCCUCAGGGGUUCCAUGGCAUUCUGUUUUGAUUGACCUUGCGGUAAAAACCCCUUGUUUUCCAUGUUACUUAGUUGUGUUGAGAGUUGACGUUUCCCUUUCAAGUAUGAAACCUUGCGACAAUGAGUAAGGAGCUGACUGGGUACGGACCAGAUGGACGGGUUAUACGUCUGGCUGUCAGAUAGCAACGGGGUCAAUCUACUUCCUAAUCACUAUACACGACUUUUCCUGA